AUGUCCGACCCAACUAUCCCGCUCGCGUGCCAGAACCUCCUCCAUGACUGGGCGAACUUGUUAGACACCAAGUCCUGGGCUCGGAUGCCGGCGAUUUUCGCGCCGACUAUCGACGUGGAUUACUCGAGCCUUGGCCAAAUCAAGGCCACCGCCGUUCAGCCUUCUUUCUAUAUCGACCAUUACGCAAGUCCAAACCAAUUAGGGAAUCCCGAGGUCCAGUCGCACCAUUUUAUCGGCGCGUGUAAAUGGACACGGGAGUCGGAAUCACACGUCAGGGUUGUUUUUCAAAUCAUGGCGGUUCAUCGGAGGACUCCCCAACACGGUGAUGCGGUGCUGGCUACGGGCCACGGGGUUAACACCAUGGAUUUUGCUCAGGUUGACGGGGAGUGGAAGAUCGCCGGGAUUAAAGUUACUCUUUUGUGGUUCGAGGGCGACUUCAAUGGCAUUUUUGAAGUCUAA